UUCUUGUAAUCCACAGUCCUUGCCCCACUGUGCGGUCGAUACGACGCGUGCUUUAGUUUAAUUGUAAUUGAACCAAUCAAUAAGUAUAGUGAUAUUUGUAUUAGUACUUCAAGAGAACCAAGGAAAUACAGCCAGCAAAAUGAACCACUCCCUCGAAGCGUCGCCGUUGAUCCCCACCGAAGUGACCAGAGACAAGAUGGAGCGCUGGGUAGAAGCCCAGAACAAAGGGGAGAAGACCGAGGUGGACGUCUACGGGAAACCCUCUGAGAAGCAGAUCAGAGAGCUAGAGAACAUCAGAAGUUUGAGCAGAGAGCUGCAAGACAAUUUACAUGAACUGGAGAACUCAGUGCGGAUCGCUGACGUGGAGAACCAGGCUAUGAACCCAACAGCCAAGAUCCUCGACUAUUCAGAAGACCACGAGUUCGUCUCAGCCAACCAGCUCGACAACUACUAUGCGGAAGAAGACAAAGUGGAUGCGAAAGAAGAAGAGAAGAGACGACUGACCAAGGGUAAAGCUGGGAAGACAGACAUCCAGCAGUUUUACAAGGAUCAGUGUGUGUUUUUGACGGGUGGCACUGGGUUUUUGGGGAAAGUGCUCAUCGAGAAGUUACUCCGCUCGUGCACAGAUGUCGACACUAUCUACGUGCUCAUCCGGAACAAGAAAGGGAAAGAUGCAAGAGUGAGACUGCACGAUAUGUUGGACGAAUUUCUAUUUCACAGAGCUCUGGACGAGAAUCCAAAGGGCAUCCACAAAGUAGUUCCCAUAAUAGGUGACAUGGAACUGCCUGGCCUGGGCAUCAGCGACGAAGACAGACGGACUAUUACUAGCAAAGUGUCAGUAAUCAUAAACGCGGCAGCCACGGUCAAGUUCGACGAGAAGCUGUCAGUCUCCACCGGCAUCAACGUCAGAGGGACCAAGGAAGUGCUCCGCCUGGCUAAGGAGUGCCGCAAUCUCCGCGCUAUCACCCACGUUUCGACUGCCUUCUCUAAUACGCACGUGCCUUAUAUUGAGGAAAAAUUCUACGACCCGCCCAUGUCCGUGGAAGCUUUAGAGGCCGUCUCUGAAAUCAAUGAGGAUCUUAUUGAUGCCAUUUUGCCUACGCUAAUAGGCAAGCGGCCCAACACAUACUGCUUCACCAAAGCAGUGGCAGAGGAAGCGGUCAGGAAGUACGGAGAGGGCCUGCCCAUCUGUAUCGUCAGACCUUCCAUAGUGGUGUCCACAUACGAAGAGCCAGUUCGAGGGUGGACAGACAGCGUGUACGGACCCACGGGACUCGUGGUCGGGACCGGGACAGGGGUUUUAAGAACGAUGUACAUGGACCUCAACAAAGUGGCAGACAUGGUACCGGUGGACUUAACCGUCAACGCCAUCUUGGCUUCAGCCUGGCACACCGCCAAGAACUUUAAGGAGAACCAAACCUCAGACAUUCCGAUCUACAACUUCGUCUCCGGUGCCCAGAACCCAAUAAAAUGGGGCAAAUUCAUCGAGCUUAACAGAAAGUAUGGAAUCGACAAGCCCACCACUAAAGCCGUUUGGUACUACGGGCUCAACCCAACGAACAGCUACUUUAUGUUCCUGUUCUACAACUUCUUCCUGCACUACUUGCCCGCGCUCAUGGUUGAUGCAUACUGCGCGGUCACUGGGCGGCGACGAGCAAUGCUGAAACUCUACUCCAAGGUGAUGAAGAUGGCGAACAUCCUCUUUUACUUUUCGACCCGUGACUGGCGGUUCUCAGACCGCGGCGUGCGGGCUAUGUGGGCGUCGCUCUCUGAAGCCGACCGAGCUGUGUUCCCAUUCAGCAUGGGAGACAUGAGCUGGGACAGACUUUGCGAGACAUUUUUGAUUGGUCUAAGAGUGUACCUGAUAAAAGACGACCUCUCAACGCUGCCUGAGGCCAGGAAGAAGUGGAACAGAUUAUUCUACCUCCACCAACUACUGAAGGUGGUGACGUUCGCGCUGGUGCUAAAUCUUGCCUACCUCGUGCUGAGACCGAUACUGUCGUUAGUAUUUGGGCUAUAAUAGGCAAUAUUUCAUUUAUAGUUAUUUAAAUUCAUAAUAAAGCGACUGAUUCGAUUUUUUUUAACUUUAUUAAGCAAAAUUAGCACACUUUAUCAAAUCAAAACGGUUUUUUAAGUUUGUGCCGCCAAAAAACAUUUUGGUACAUCUACUCCCCAAUAGAUGUCGCUAUUUUAAUAAAAUAAUUGAGGACGAAUUUUGUCAAGUAGAAUAAAAAUGAAAAACGACGAAAUUUUCAAAUUAGGAUUAAUUUACAGAAGAUAUGAUAUUACUUAUUAGGUUACCUUAGCAUGGUGUA